GAUAUCAAGGCAAAAAUGCGGAACCAAUCUAGUACAUCCAAAAGGAAGAUAAUAACACGGAAAAAGCUGAACACCACCGCUCCCAUGUCCAGCACCAUCAAUGGCAGGAGCAGCGGCAACAAAUCAAGUGCCCAUCCAGCACUUAUGUUUAAAGUUUAUGAGCCCGGGCACGUCAACGCAGAGAUUGAUAGCCAGAGGAUAUGCAAGGACGGGGGAGCAUUUUUAAAGCUUCUCAUUCUGAUCACCUCAGUACAGAGCCACUUUAUGGCGAGAAUGUCCAUCCGACAGACCUGGAUGCACUAUGCAAGCAGGCGAGAUGUGGGCAUGGCCUUUGUCCUUGGGCGGACCACGAAUGCCGGCCUAAACGAGUCUCUCAAUCAGGAGAAUUAUAUGUAUGGCGAUAUGAUACGUGGAAACUUCAUAGACUCGUACUUCAAUCUCACUCUAAAGACGUUAUCGAUGCUUGAAUGGGCAGACAAGUACUGUCCACGGGUGAAGUACAUCCUCAAGACAGAUGACGAUAUGUUCAUCAAUGUUCCUAGACUGCUCGAAUUCAUAGAUGGGAGAAAGGAAGCUCGAACCAUCUACGGCCGCUUAGCCAGGAAAUGGAAACCAAUACGCAGUCAGAAAUCGAAAAGUUUUGUGUCUCAACAACAAUAUGGGGGCGCCAUUUAUCCACCAUUUACCACCGGACCCGCCUACCUACUCACCGGCGACAUUGUACAUGAGCUAUAUGUGCACUCGCUCAGAACGUAUUAUUUUCAACUGGAGGAUGUCUUCAUCACGGGCUUUGUGGCCAAGCGAUUGAUGAUUCGGAGGGUGCAUGCCGGCUACUUUCGCAACCGCCGCAUCCCAUUCAACCCGUGCAACAUCCGCAACUCCAUCAGCGUGCACAUGAUCAAGGAAAACGAGCAAUACGAUCUUUGGAGGAAGCUGAUGGACUCGACUGUCAAGUGUAAAUCAAUUGCAAAAUAUCAAAUUUUCAAAAAACCUUCUACUCGUAUUUAGUC